ACGUCUACGUCAGCCAGUUUGGGGUCCUGCUGCCAUACUGUCAUUUUUGGGAUGUGCUAUGAUGAUCACUGUUUGGAAACUCUCGCUCGUUCACUUAUCCAUCGUCUUCAGCUUCUCGUGCUGUUUCUGUAACCACGUGACUGUCGAGGAUUACUCCGACAUACCGGUAAUCGCCAAAUACUUCACCACCAAAGGUAGAUAUGAGGAAGUGAACCCGUAUCUCAUAGCGGACAUACUUGCUGUAAACACAUCUACUCUCCGGCCUCCAUCUGCGCAAUGUCGUCAAAUUCACCUGACAGCCAUAAUAAGACAUGGCACGCGAUACCCAACGACUAAGAAUGUCAAAAAAAUGCGGAAGUUGUACGAGCACGUGCAAAGGAAUGCGUCUGGUGAAGAGAGCUGGCUGCGCGAGCUCCAGACCCAGUGGAGGAUGUGGUACACGGAUGACAUGGAUGGAAGACUGGUUCAGAAAGGGGUGGACGAUCACAGGCAUUUGGCCAUGAGGCUGUCAAAGCUGUUCCCCUCACUGAUCUCAGAGCAGAACCUCAGAGGUGGACUCAUCAAAUUCAUCACCAGUUCAAAACACAGGUGUGUCAACAGCACCCUGGCCUUUAAGUCUGGACUGACAGAGCUGUGGAACAUUCAAGAUCAGGAGUUUGAUCAUGCAGAGAAUGAUGCCCUGAUGAGGUUUUUUGACCAUUGCUCCAAAUUUGUGGAGGACGUCGACAACAACCCAUCAGCUCUAUCAGAGGUCGACAACUUCAAGAAGGGACCAGAGAUGGAGAGGGUGCAGCAGAAGAUCGCAGAUCGCCUCCGGGUCCCGUACAACACAAUCACAGAUGAUAUGGCUGAAGCUGCAUUUUACUUGUGUGCUUAUGAGUUUGCCAUCAAGACUGUGAACUCGCCAUGGUGUCAGCUUUUUGAUGAGGUUGAUGCACAGGUUUUGGAGUAUGCAAAUGACCUGAAGCAAUUCUGGAAAAGAGCUUAUGGUUAUGAUAUUAACAGCAAGUCAAGCUGCAUUCUCUUUCAUGACUUGUUUGCACGGCUGGACAAAGCUGUCAAUGAGAUCAAGUCUGACCAGCAGGUGAGUGAAGUAGUGACAGUCCAGGUCGGCCAUGCAGAGACACUCCUGCCACUGCUGACCCUCCUGGGCUUCUUCAAGGACAAUGAUGCUCUGACAUCUAAAAACUACGCCACACAGACCCAACGCUCCUUCCGCACCAGCCGCAUGUUACCCUAUGCAGCAAACUUACUCCUGGUGCUGUAUGACUGUGGGGCAGGUGACCUGAGACUGCAGCCACUGCUCAAUGAACACUCAGUCACUUUCCCUGGUUUGACUGGCCAACAGGACUCUAUGCCACUGUACCAAGAUGUGAAAGAGCAUUACAAAGACCUGCUAGGAGGCUGUGACUUUGAGACUGAGUGUAAGCUGUUUGAUUGAACAAGCAGGGUGGAUUUUUGAGACGGGGAUAUUUAAGCAGCAACAAGCAGGGAUUUUGGAGACCAGGGUAUUAUAGCAGUGUUGUAAUGUUACCUUUUCAUGGUUAAUUCAAAGUGGGGCACUGGAUGCAUUUAGAAUUUUUUCUCUUAUACUUUAUGCAAAAAAAGUACCUCCUGCUAUAUUGCACUGCAAGUACAGGAUAUUUUGCGCAAACCAAAACAGGACAUUUAAAAUGUUAACAUAAAACAUUAUGGAUUUCAGAAAUGUACAUCUAUUUAAGUUGACCUUUACCGUUACAGUAUUAUUACUGUUAUUAUUACAUUCUCCUACAACUAAGAGAGGGAAAUAAAUUAAAUGUUUUUCCGAUGUCUUUCUGCAAUAUUGUACACAUUGCAUUUUUUCAGAAUGCACAGAAGUAAGCUAUUUCGUCCUAUUUUGCAGUUGAAGGCUUUCUAUCCAAAGGCUACCUUAAUACAUUUUAAGUGCAGUUUAUGUUAAUGUUUUUGGGUGAAGCCUAUCUUAACUAAGUGCUGAGUAAUACUGAAUAAAUAUUUCUCAGGUGAUUGUCCAA